CCUGCCCUGUGAUAGACUGCUGACCUGUCUAGGGUGUACCCUCCCUCUUGCCCAUUAACAGCUGGAAUUUCUUCCCGGGUUCCCGCCCGUGACCACAGCCAGAUGGGUCCCUACAUAUGAGCCAGCGUGCGCCGAGUUCCCAGCUUGUCGUCGCAGCAAUUUGUCUUCCUGGUGGGACUUUGGGUCGUGGAGCGCAGAGGACGAGCUAAACGGGGCUGAAAUUAUGAAUGGAGGAGGCAAUAGCAGAGACUGUGAGCAGCAGGAAGCUCUUACUCUGUCUCUCUGAGAGAUGCAGAACAGUGCAAUGAAGACCUGAAGGAGGGAGACGCUGUCAUCGCACCAAACGCACGCGCCAGAGACUUUCAGCACGCAAAAGACUUUCAGCAGUGUAUGCACGUCUUGUGUGUGUAUUAGCGAAUAUACACACCGCUGAGUUUAAAACCCAGUGUUACUGAGGACUUAAGCCAAAGAGUAUGGUUCUACUGUGCAACUCAGUCUGCCUGCUGGGAGGCCUGUUUCUGAUCAGCCCUGUUCUGAUGACCCCAGCCAGCAUGUGCACACCCUUGAAGACGCUCAACGACAGCCUCAGCCACAGGCGACGGUACAUGAAACACAACUUCCCCAUCAACUACACCAUCAGGGUUCAUCAAAGGGAAAUCUUUAAAUUGUCAAAUAUCAGCAGAAUGAACUCAAGUGUGGAGGGGUUGGAAGAGCUGGUGCUCCAGAGGCUGUGGUUUCAAGUCAACCAAGGCAUUUUAAAAAAGAUCAUCCGGGUCAUGCCGGAGCGACAUCCUUCGCGUCCGUACACAGUCGAGCUGGAGCGGCGCUUCAGGGAUGUGGAGGGAGUCUUCGUGCAGUCGCAUCCCGCUGAGGCGUUCCAUCAGGAACUUCCAGACGUGAUCCAGGACAUAUGGGAUUCUUUAACAGAGGAGCCAGACAGGGUGCCGGAGUCCAGCUGGCGAUUUGCUUCUCCAAAGUCUCUCUUGGACAACUUGUGUCGCACCAUGUUUUGCCUCUUCAGCGAGUGCUUCGCCAGCACGGAAGCUCAGCAAGACUACUGUGGUGUUUCCCAUUGGAGGAAAGGGGGAAGAAAGACUUACAGCCCGAAAGCUGAGGAGAAGCCGGCGGAGUGAAGUUGUCCCUGUUGACACGGAUUAGGGAUUAGUUGUAAUAUCUCCCCCGAGCUGCGGGGAGAGUCGAAAAAAUCCACACCGAAACAAGAACAUUCAGUCCUGAUUUGUGAACAUCACUAAAUCUUUCCCAGAUUUACAAGACGGACCCAAGAUUGUGUCCCUGUGACAGUGGAAAAAAAAAAAAAAAAAGCUUGGCAAGGCGCCAUCAGUCACAGUAGAAAGUCGUAGGCAGAGUAACUGCAUCUGCACUCACUUUUUGAACAUUUGGAUUUUGUACAAAAAAAAGAAAGAAAAAAAAGAAAAUUUUUGAGUAAAAAGCUCAAAAAUGUCUCCAGCUAUUGGCCAGCAAGACUGAAAAUUAUUUUUCUCUCGAUGCCGUCUCCUAUGAAUCCGGUUACUGCAUCUGGAAGAGGUUCGUUCAUGUUCACUUAUGUCGACUGAAUGGAUGAUCAGUUCAUUAUCAUCUCCUAAGGUGGAUUCUUUGAGGAGGAAGUUGGGAAAGCAAAGGGUUAACUUCACCUGAACGGGGAGGGGCGGGGCAUCACUGAGAGCUUUGCCAUUUCUCAGCUUUUUUUAAAAGACAAAAAAAAAAAAGAAAAGAAAAAAAAAAGCCACCCUUCGACCUGCAUCGUUCACCUCGGACCCCAAACGUCAGAUUAUGCUGAGUAGCUUCAGCUGGCUUUGCGUGCUUCUAUGACUGCUCUUUGAAACCGCGAUGAGCGAGAGCAGCGAGCAUGAACUGGUGUCAACUACUGUUUCCUCUUUCUCGAUCAGUUGUUGAAUAUAUGUUUAACAUAUUGUGUUUUUACGAGCGUGCAACAGGCCCAUACUGCAAAACUCUGUUCAUUUGUUCAUGGAACGGAUCCAAAAAUGAAAACAACUUUUAGACGGAGUGAAAGCCGAAUCCACCCUAUGCAUUUUAUAUCUACUGUACAUCUGUUUUUGUUGUUCUUUGUUGUCUUUAUUAUUAUUUUUUUUUUUUUUAUCCAGGCAACUAUUGAAUAUUUUUUAAUGACUUUGUGCAAAGCUCAUGGUUGAUUGUUAAUAUUUCAAGUUUGAAAUUAACAUUUUUUAAAUAGUCAACUGGCCUAAGGUUUUAAAUAGAUAAAUUCACACUCUAUCCCAGUUCAGCCAAUAGAAAAACAUAAAGAUAACGGGUCACUUUAUUUUUUUUAAUUUUUUUAAUUUUUUCCAGGUUGAACACUUUCACAGAAUUCUGUACAUACUAGAAAUCCAUGUAUAAGUAGCUAUAAAAUACGUGUCAGGCAAGAAGAAUGGAGGCCGAGCUUGCAUAUAAUAAAAAUAAAUUUUAUCAACAAAGCAGCUUUCAAAAUAGAAUUAUAUGAAUUGAAAGACAACAUAUUUAACAGAAGGUAGAACCAAAGUAAUUGAUGAAUAUGUUCUGUUGAGAAAGUGCCAUUUGAGUUGAAGUGAGAGGUUUUAAAGAGCGCAGCAAAGGCCCCGGUCACCGGGUAGGACAAGUCAAAAUGUGGGACACUUAUUGGGCUCAUACAGUUUUCUGUCAUAGGAAAGAACCAGACAGUAAUAGUUGUUAAAAUAGUUCUAAGAUUUGCGAUGGUUUGCAUGUUGUUGCCUAGUGUUAAUUCUGCUGCUUCCUAGAAUAUUGUGAAGUGCAGAGCCAAGCUUUUUUUUUUUUUUUUGCAAAGGAAAAGGAAUGGUUGAAUCUCAGGUUGCAGUUUAGUCAGAUAAGCGUCAAAAGUGAAAAAUGUCUUCUUAUCUACUGGCCCAUUUUCCAAUAUGAUCAGAUAAAGCACCCACGCAGUAACGCUGGUAGCACUGGGGCCACGGAUCAUCAGUAAGCCAUUCAGCUGCAGGGAUUUUUGAACAAUGGUUGUGAAAUCCUAAGAUGAAAGCAAGAAAUCAAGAAAAGAAACCAUAGUUUUGUUUUUUUUCUGCAAACACAGCAGAACCAACUUAAACCCAGCUCCUGUGAGUAUGGCAACAGGAAGAUGUGAAAACCUGAAGGAGUCAAAAUCCCUUCAAGAAAUAAUCUGCUGUUGCCAUCGCUGCACAGGCAAAUCAAGCAAUUGUUUAGAGUCCUGAUUUAAAAAAAAAAAAAGUAAAAAUCUUUUUUUGUAACAACAACCACCACCAGCAUAAACAAUGCUCCAUCCUCACGUACCAACAGAUCGAGGGACGGCCCUGGACGUUAUUGUUGUGACUGCCAAAUGCCUUAUUGUCGAUGUUUUAGUUGUGUCCAUCAUGCCAAACCCCGCCUGUUUGUACAAAGGCCAGACUGUUAGAAGGACCAAGUCCAUGCGACACAGCCGGGGUUUGCUCCGGUUCCCACGAUACCUCUUGUGUGUCGAGUCAGGAUUUGUGAUGGGGAUGCACAGUACAGUACACAGUACCUUAUCACAACUAACCGGCAGUUAAUGUUUAGUUGAACAGUUACCUGUUUACACCUGCUUCUGUGCACUUAAUAAAAGUCUACUGUUCCACAGUAUUCAACAAAUUUAAAAAGGGGGGGGUAGGCCACCUAUAAUGGUUGGGAUUAGAGUGUCCCUCGGUCUUUUCUUUUCACUCGAUGCAGACGUCCUCUUUUGUUUGUUCCUCAUACCUCUGCACCCUCUGUUUCUUUAAGGCACUGGAAUAAUACACCAGUGGCCCUUCUGGGAUGUUUCUGAAUGAGUGAUUUGUGAGGCACAUGUUUGGUUUAGGCAACUUCCUGCAUUCUGAUAUACCUAAUCUUAAACAGGUCUCUCCCAUCAGAUUGAAGUUUCUUAUUUGGUGAUUCUCACCAUUUGUGUUUACUUUGGCGACUAAAUGUGCUAUGCUAUGUUUGAUAUUUGUACGUGUAUCUGCGUUUGCUGCCACCAUUCAGUAGAAGCACCGGGGCAUAAUUCGCUCAUUGCUACGUGCUUUCUGUGUUUUUCUGAAGCCGUCAUUCGUGCAUGUAAGUCACAGCGCUGGCGGCUUUUAUCUCCUGGUUCCUUGCCUGCAAAUCCUGACAUGCUGGUUCAGUCAGUUUAUUGUGCAACAGUCUCUGACCCCCAUUUUAACCUUUGGGUUCACUGCUUUUUUUCUUCUUUUUUUUACAGUACUUACCAGAGGUAGUUUCAGAAGUGCCCAAAAAUAAAUCCAUAAUAAAUAGUUAUUUUUUUCAAGAUGGCAGUUAAGAAAAUUGGAUUGCUUAAGUUCAAUGCAAAAUUACAAAUUAUAAGUAUACAGCACAAUUAGAAAUGUAUUUUUGUAUAUGUAACUUUUCAUUUCAUGAAAUUGUAUUUAUUGCACAAACGAAAUGAUGUUUUUUUUAUUUUAAUUGUGCUACUCCCAAGACUGGACAAAGGUUCUAUUUGUGAAAGCUUUCUGUAUGUUUGGGAGUUAGAGUUUGUGCAUUCACUCCUGACACAUGAUAUCUCAUUCAAUUAUAAGGUUAAUGAUACCACACGUGGUUUUCAGUCUUCCUCGAUGAAGAAUAUUGGCAUACAAGAUGAAUGAUAAUUAUUGGUAUACUGUAUUUCUAUAAAUAUAUUGCCUGUACUUAUUGUACUUAUUAUAUAUAUAUAUAUUUAUAUAUAUACAUAUUUUUUCAAUCUUAUGUGACUGUAUGGUUGUCUUUUUAGUAACCACGACAGACUCUUAAGGUGUAUUCAAACGUCCCUCGUUGUGCAAAUGAAAGCAAUAUUUCCAUCCGGCAGGAGCACCAGAGAAAUCCAUGAAAGGUUGUUUUUCUGCGGUCCGAAGAUAGAUUUUAGAAAAAGAUUUUCUUUUUUUUAUACUCAAGAUAUAGAAUAUUUAUUUUUUGGAAAUGUAUGAUGUUAUUUGACAGUACUUUUAUGAAAGAAAUAAGAAAUAAAUCACUAUUUUUUAUCAACUAA